UGGGGAAGCUCAGGUUCGGAAGCUGGCACAACUGCCAGGAGGUGGCCUGGGGCGGGUGAAGCUGCUGCGUGGUUACAGCCCAAACCGAGCUUUGCAGGAUCAGAACAGGGGUGCACUAGGCCUGGAUGCUGGCCUACUAACACCUUAGCGCUCAGCACUCCAGACCACAUGGCUACGGUCACCCCACUCCUGUUCCUGGAGACAGAGCAGGAAAUUCACAAGCCACACAGAUUGAAAACAAACAUUCUGACGACAACAAGACAGGUCAGCGAUAAGGAAGCAGAGCUGGGGACACGGUGACAGGGAAGGAAUAAAAGGCCGGAGCCCAGAGCACCUCACACACUCACACUCACACUCACUCACACCCUCCCACAGCCCAACCCCACCAUGGCUGCCUCCACCAUGUCUGUCUGCUCCAGCGCUUGCACCGAACCCUGGCAGGUGGAUGACUGCCCAGAGAGUUGCUGCGAGCCCCCCUGCUGCACCUCCAGCUGCUGCCAGCCCAGCUGCUGCGCCCCGGCCCCCUGCCUGAGCCUGCCCAGCUGCUGCGCCCCAGCCCCCUGCCUGAGCCUGGUCUGCACCCCAUGCUGCCAGUCAGGCUGCACCGGCUCCUGUACACCCACGUGCUGCCAGCAGUCGAGCUGCCAGCCUGCCUGCUGCUCCUCCUCCUGCCAGCCUUGCUGCUGUGUGCCCGCCUGCUGCACACCUGCCUGCUGCACACCUGUCUGCUGUACACCUGUCUGUUGCACACCCACAUGCUGUAAGCCUGUCUGCUGCAAGCCUGUCUGUUGCACACCUGUCUGUUGCACACCUGCCUGCUGCACACCUGUCUGCUGCACACCUGUGUGCUGUAAGCCUGUCUGCUGCACACCCGUCUGCUCCGGUGCCUCCUCCUCCUGCUGCCAGCCAUCCUGCUGCUCCUGCUCCCCCUGCCAGCCGGCCUGCUGCGUGCCCAGCUGCUGCACGCCCUCCUGCUCCUCCGUGUCCCUGCUCUGCCGCCCCGCCUGCCCCCGCCCAGCCUGCUGUGGCCUCUCCUUGGGCCAGAAGUCCUGCUGCUGAUUGGCCUGGUUCCCCAGGGCCCACAGGCUCAGAUCACCCCAUGGCCAGGCCCAUCACUUCACCUCACCACCUGGUCCUGACCUGGGUUAGCAGGCUGUCCAUUCCCUUUGAGUCAAGGUCCUCCAUGUAUCCACUGGGCUUCCCUGAUCUCCUGCCUCCCAGGAGUCCUCCAGGAGGUUAAGAGUUAGCCUGCCUCCAUCAAAGUCACCUGUCCCUUCCUCCCAGGUUCUCUGCUCUUUCACUCCUCCUGGGACCUAAGUCGGCACAUCUAGCCUUUAAUAAAGUCCCCACCACCUGA